CACUCUCUCGCUUUCCAUAAAAAAAAAAAAAGCACUCUCACUGCCACCCAUUACACAGAAAAUUAAAAUUAAUAAAUUCAAGCUUAUUGAUUGAUUGAUUGGAUUUGGAGAGAUUGAUUUAGCCGUGUAAUCAGAAGUUGAUAUAAUUAUCGUCACAAAAAGAAAUAUGCAAAUGAUUGAUUGGAUUUGCAGAGAUUGAUCUCCAUAGGAAGAAACAGCAGCAGCAGCAGCAAUGGGAGGAGGAAAUGGCAUUUGGAGGAAUGCGUACCAGGAGGUCUCCAACACAAAGCCUUUGUUCCUUACGAUUUAUGCCACCGUCGUCGUCGGGAUCCUCUUUUCUUCCUUUUACGUUUUUUCCUCCUUCUCCGCCGCCAAAUCUUCCUCUCUCUCCUUCACUGCUUGGCUCUCCUCUCCUCCCUCUUCUCUUUCUCAUGUUGAUAAAUCAGUCAACUUUUCUCAUCAAGCAACACCAGCCGUAGAUUCGAUUUCAUCAAAGCCACAGCCUCCCAGCAGCUUAGAGUUGAAACCCAUUUGGGUAGCUCCACCACGCAACUCGAAAAUGCCUCCUAUCAAGAAAUUUAGACUCACAAAAGAACUGGUUGAGAAAAGGGUCAAGGACAAUGUCAUUAUAGUCACCUUUGGUAAUUAUGCGUUUAUGGAUUUUAUCCUUACUUGGGUUAAGCACUUGACAGACUUGGGGCUUUCUAAUCUUCUUGUUGGUGCUAUGGAUACCAAGCUAUUAGAAGCUUUGUACUGGAAAGGUGUUCCAGUUUUUGACAUGGGAAGUCACAUGAGUACAGCAGAUGUUGGCUGGGGGUCACCUACCUUUCACAAAAUGGGGAGAGAAAAAGUUAUUCUGAUAGAUGCUAUCCUCCCUUUUGGCUAUGAGCUACUCAUGUGUGACACAGACAUGGUUUGGUUGAAGAACCCUCUGCCAUAUCUUGCUCGCUAUCCUGAUGCAGAUAUUUUAACUUCAAGCGAUCAAGCUGGACCAACUGUUGUUGAUGACAGGUUGGACAUAUGGCAAGAAGUUGGUGCAGCCUACAACGUUGGAAUUUUCCACUGGCGGCCAACAGAGACUUCAAUAAAAUUGGCAAAAGUAUGGAAAGAUGUGCUUCUUGCUGAUGAAAAUAUUUGGGAUCAGAAUGGUUUCAAUGACAUUGUCCGCAGGCAGUUAGGACCAGCUGUUGAUGGUGACAAUGGACUUGUAUAUGCUUUUGAUGGAAAUCUCAAGCUGGGAAUUUUACCAGCAAGUAUAUUUUGUAAUGGACAUACUUACUUUGUCCAGGCUAUGUACCAACAACUCAGAUUGGAGCCAUAUGCUGUGCAUACUACAUACCAGUAUGCAGGUACUGAGGGAAAGCGCCACCGGUUACGGGAAGCAAUGGCAUUUUAUGAUCCUCCAGAUUACUAUGAUGCAUCAGGGGGGUUUUUGUCAUUUAAGCCAUCUAUUCCAAAGAGUUUGUUACUCGAAGGGGAGCACAGUCUUGAAUCCCACUUUUCCCUGAUUAAUCACCAGAUUAAACAAAUAAGGACAGCACUUGCAAUUGCUUCCUUGUUAAAUCGUGUAUUGGCAAGCUGGGUGAUGCAAGGUGCAAGUGCUAGGUGCCUGAGAUUGGAUAGGCUAUGGUUUCCCCAUCCUGGAGUUUUGAAGGAAACUAUGACUAGACAACCUUUUAUCUGCCCUUUGGAUCAUGUUUUUGAGGUUAAUGUGAUGUUAAAACGGUUACCAGAGGAGGAAUUUGGCCCUGGUAUCAGUAUCAGAGAGUACUCUUUUUUGGACAAUCCAUCAAUGCCCAAACAGGUGAAAGAGUCAUGGCUUGAUGUCCAGCUUUGUCAAGAAGGAACACACGAUUGUUUUUCAUCAAACAAUACAAGUAGAUCAGGGGUGCUCAGAUUUCCAAAUCACAGCAAUGAAGAAACGGUAUUUCAAAUUUUCAAGACCAUAUUCUCAUCCUUUAAGGAUGUCAAAGUGAUUCAGUUCUCUUCAAUGCAAGAUGCAUUCCUAGGUUUCAUGGACAAGAAAAGAGAAGAAAAAUUCAGGAAGCGUGUGAAAAGAUAUGUUGGUAUAUGGUGUUGCGUGGAGAAUCACGUACCUGGACAUAUAUACUAUGACAUGUACUGGGACGAGAAGCCUGAUUGGAAACCAAUGCCACCAGAGACUCCAGAGCAAGACCACCCACUCUGGUAACGCCCCAACUUCAAGCAUCUCUUUAUUUAUUAAAAUAUAUAAAAGUUCAAAAAGGAGAAUGGCUUUAGCUAGUUUAGGAAGAAUCUGAGCUAGAUGGAAGUUUAAAGAGAACGCAGAUUCCUAAC